AGCAGAGUCAACAAACCCCAGGCACUUGCCAAUAAUUGUUGGUAGCAAUAUGCCCCAAGGUGUCAGCGUUUUUGACACUAAGCAAAUACUUUGGCUAGCAGGAUGUCAAGCCCCACACUCGGGUAUCCUUUGUAUUCUGUCCUGUCCUAUUGUUAGCUGCACAAUCUCAGUCGCGGGUUCAGUAACCAUUGAUAUGUCGGCGACUCUGCAGCUAAUUAUGCUGCUGACCCUUGUGGGAGGAACCCUGGGUCAAGCCAAUAACACGGACAAGGACUGCAGGCAGGUGUUUGGCUCCAUUUUGGCCCAACUGGAGGGUGGCCUUGAGCUUCAUUUGAGGAGUUACAGUGAUGCAGACCUGGGCAUUGUGCAGUUUGUGUUGAAGCAGCCGAGGAAUUCAGUGCAAAUCAAAGUGAAUUCUGAGGAGGAGAAUGAGAAGGAGGAAUUUACGGCCAUGCGACAUCAUUUCUUUCUCUUUAAGGAUGUGAAGGAUAUGCAACAAAGUCGGAAUAACUUGAUAAAUACCGAUGGCUUUUAUAUACUCUCCCUAGAGAAUCAGUUGCCUGAGGAUGAUCAGAUUUUAAAGGACUUUAUGUCCCAAAACUGGCUACAACAUGGUCAUAGUCGCAUUUACUAUAUUCAGCUAAGUACAGGUCGUAUUCUGCUCUACAAUCCCUUUCAGCAGAGCAUUGUUUGGGUAAAGGAUCCCAAAACUUAUGGUCAAAUCUAUCAGAAUCUCAAUGGCUAUCCUUUGCGUAUAUACAUCUUCGAUUCUGUUUACUCGGCUGUCUUGGGAGAUGGCGAAAACAAGAAGGUAUUGAGCGUCACAGGAGCGGAUGCCAAGUUGGCCAAAACAGUGGCCAAACAAUUGAAUUUCACAGCGGAUUAUCUAUGGCCGGAUGAUGAGUUUUUUGGUGGUCGCCUGCCAGAUGGUUCUUUUAGUGGCGGCGUGGGUCGUGCUCAUCGAGGGGAGGUGGACAUCAUCUUUGCGGGCUUCUUUGUCAAGGACUACCUCACCACACAGAUGCAGUUCAGUGCCGCUGUAUACAUGGACGACUUGUGUCUGUAUGUGCAAAAGGCUCAAAGGAUUCCCCAGUCCAUCCUGCCGCUCUUUGCUGUCCACACGGAUGUGUGGCUCUGCUUCCUGCUGGUGGGUCUCCUGGGUGCUCUGGUCUGGCUCUUGUUAAGGCUUCUCAAUCUCAGACUAAACAUCGAAAGGAUACAGGAUGAUGGAGUAAGCAGAGAUUCUUAUUUAAGGACAGCUGCCAGACGCAUCUUCAUAGACACUUGGGUGGUCUGGGUUCGUGUGAAUAUCGGCCGCUUUCCACCCUUCCACUCGGAGCGCAUUUUUGUGGCUUCGCUGUGCCUGGUCAGUGUGAUAUUCGGUGCCUUGCUGGAGUCCAGCUUGGCCACUGUUUACAUCCGACCCCUGUACUAUAGAGAUACGAAUACCAUGAGGGAACUGGAUGAGAGCGGCCUCCCUAUUUACAUCAAGCAUCCUGCCUUCAAGGAUGACCUCUUUUAUGGCAGUGACUCGGCGGUGUAUCGACGGUUGGACUCCAAAAUGAUGCUGGUUGCCGAGGGCGAAGAGCGACUCAUCGAAAUGGUGUCCAAGAGGGGACAUUUCGCUGGGGUAACACGCUCCGCCAGCUUGGAGCUGAGUGACAUCCGGUAUGUGAUGACCAAGAAAGUGCACAAGAUACCCGAGUGUCCCAAGAGCUAUCACAUUGCCUAUGUCCUGCCACGUCCCUCGCCCUAUUUGGAGGAGGUGAACCGGAUAGUCCUACGCCUGGUGGCCGCUGGUAUCGUUGGACUUUGGACGGGCGAGACCAAGGAGCGGGCCAAGUGGAGCAUUCAGCGUUUCCCGGAAUAUCUGGCUCAGCUAGACGUUGGGCGGUGGAAGGUGCUCACCCUCUCCGACGUCCAGCUGGCCUUCUAUGCUCUGAGUAUAGGGUGUAUACUGGCGGGAAUUGUGUGUCUGGCGGAGAUUUUUCUGAGGCGUAAGCGCAGGAAGUUGCGACGGAACAACAAUCUCAAUUUAGGUCAUAAGUUUGCCUUUUAUGAUUAG